AGGCGCGGAGCUGUUCAGAGCACCUGAGGUGCUGAGUCCGAGGGAGGCUCCGGGCGCGGAGCCGAAGCUGAGGCCGCCGCCGUCACGGUCACCCGCGGAGGGAUGGGAACCGAAGCGAGCCGGGAUACUCCGCAGCCUACGAACUGAUAGCCCACCGGCGUCAGGAGAGAGUCGCCUGCCCACUCGUCUGUCAGAUAAGGAAUUACCAAUAAUUCUUAUUCUGAAGAAAGAAAAACUUAAAACAUUGGAGCAGACAAGGAAUUUUUCUUCAGGAUUCACGGGGCGCAGCACUGAGGGGACCCUCACUCCUUGCAAGGAAGAUUGCUGUGUGACUGUGUUUGCUCUCCCCCAGGCACAGUAUGGACCCUUGCAAUGAACAAUGACUGACCUUGGAGGAUUGCAGAGGCCCAAAGAACAGAGCAAUAGACCCCUUUUCUAUGGUCUGGUUGCCCAUCUUUUUUGGAGGUGACGACUUUCAUCAGCAAACCCAGUACUGACAACCAUUCCUUGCCCUUCCCCCUCACCCUCAACCCACUAGCUUGGACCACUCAUCGUCCUGGACACCAUGUAGUAGGGCUUCAACGGGGCGUGACAACUGAGUUGCAAUGGUUUUACACACUUCCCCAUUUCCCUGCUGCUGUCUGUCCCUUCUGCAUAGAAUUUCUUGGGCUCUGAUCUUCCCAUUUUACUGGCUUAUGGACAAAUUCGUGGCCUCCUUGAUACCGACUACCAAUGAGAAGUGCCAAAGGGGCUCCCUGUGCUGGGUCCUCCGCUUCAUCUUCACCGCCCCCAUUUACUCGGCCCUCUGCCUUCUCUCAGUCCCCAGUGCCAUCUGCGGGUUUCUCCUGUGGAACCCACUGCAGCUAUGUAGGCGGCCGUACAUCUACUCCAGGCUGGAGGACAAGGGUCAGGCCGGUGGAAGCAUCCUGCUCAACGAAUGGAAGGCCACGGGCCCCGGGAAGAGCUUCUGCUUCGGCACUGCCAACGUCUGUCUCCUCCCUGAAUGCAUGGCCAGGGUGAACAACCUCUCCAACACGCAAGCCCGCGCCAAAGAAAUCGGGCAGAGAAUCCGGAACGGGGCCAGUCGGCCCCAGAUCAAAAUCUACAUAGACUCCCCAACCAACACUUCUAUCAGCGCGGCGAGCUUCAGCAGCCUGGCGUCCCCCCAGGGCGGCGAUGGUCCUAACAAAGCCGUCCCCGCGGGCAUCAAGAGAACAACCUCCAUGGAGUACAAGGGGGACAACGGCAGCCCCAACAACAGCGAGGAGCACAGGAACCCCAAAGCCGGCGGCGACUUCCAUGAAGCCGAAGACAACGCCUGCAUCAUCCGGAUCGGGGGAGAGGACGGCGGCCAGCUGUCUGACCCAGAAGCCGAUGGCACUGGGGACUGCCAGAUGGAGACCCCUCCGGAGAACAAAGCCGAGGGCCAGAAGGGCCAGACCCCCAACCACAAGGCAAAGGAUGGGGACGCUGGAAGCUUAGACAGCUACACGGCUUCCCGGGAGUCCCUGGUGAAGGUCCGCAUCGGGGACAGCCCCACGGAGCAAGGGUCCGUCAACAACAAGCUGCUCCACAAGACCUCCAUGCUCAAGAAGACCUCCCUGCGCAAAAAGAAGCAUACGGACGAGAUCUUUGACCAUGAGAUCUCUGCCUUUUUCCCUGCCAACUUGGACUUCCUGUGCUUGCAGGAAGUGUUUGACAAAAGGGCGGCUGGGAAGUUGAAAGACCAGCUCCACCAAUAUUUUGAGUACAUUCUGUACGAUGUCGGGAUCUACGGCUGCUGCUGCUCCUGUAAGAUCCUGAACAGCUGCUGCCCUUGCAAGAGCCUCAGCAGCUCCUGCCCCUGUAAGAUCCUGAACAGCGGCCUCCUUUUUGCCAGCCGCUACCCAGUCAUGGAUGCUGUCUAUCACUGUUACCCCAACGGAGGAGGGACUGACGCCUUUUCUUCAAAGGGAGCCUUGUUUGUUAAGGUACAAGUGGGAUGUACACCUCAGGACCAAAGAAUCGUGGGAUAUAUUUCCUGCACCCACUUGCAAGCUGAAGGAGAAGACAGCACCAUUCGAUGUGAACAACUGAAUCAGCUUCAGGAUUGGCUGGCUGAUUUCCGAAAAUCUACCUCCUCCUCCAGCACAGCCAAUCCCGAGGAGCUCGUGGCAUUUGAUGUGCUUUGCGGAGACUUCAACUUUGACAACAGCUCUUCUGAUGACAAGCUGGUACAACAGCACUCCCUGUUUACACACUACAAGGAUCCAUGCCGUAUUGGUCCAGGGGAGGAUAAGCCGUGGGCAAUUGGUACUUUUUUAAAACAAGAUCGCCUCCACGACGAGGAGGUGGGCACUCCAGACAAUCUGCAAAAGGCUCUGGAAAGUGAAGAAGGGAGGAAAGAGUAUAUUGACUAUCCCACCAGCAAGAACCAUCCUACCAACCAGAAGGUAUUGGUGAAGGGCAACGGCAGGAGGAUUGACUACAUGCUCUAUUCUGAGGAGGGGCUCUACCUGGAGUGGAAAGUGGAGGUGGAGGAAUUCAGUUUUAUUACCCAGUUAGCAGGUCUGACUGACCACCUACCUGUGGCCAUGCGCCUGAUGGUCAACACUGGCGAGGAAGAGGUAUAGAUGCGCCAGCCCCACGGCCAGUCAGGACCCAGGCCAACCUAAGAAGACCUUGUCUAUGUUCUUCGGAUUCAAAGGACUUUUUUCCAGUGCCACGUGAGCCAGAUGAAAACACCUGGCCUCCAGUUGCCUCUCCCAACACCUCCAAAGGUGGACCGGGUCCCUUCCCCGUUGCUCCCUGGAGCUGGGGAGAGGGGACAAGGAUGAUAGGAGGUGAGGGACCCAAAGGGAUCCACGAGGCCCGAGACCACUGUCUGGAGCUCCUCGGGCAGCGGGCUCAGCCUGUAUUUCUACGUGUUCACUGUGGACCAAGGAAUGCCAGUGGCCAGGCGGGUGGGGAGGGGAGGGAGAGCCGAGCCCUAAUUCCUUUUAAUCAGUGCCAUUCUUACAAAACAUGGUUUUCUAUGAAUUAUACAGCACAACUUAGUUUGUAAUCUGUGGGGUAGUGCUAUUCAUGGGUUUUGCAUCAUUUCUUUGUAUAGCUCUUAUAAAGCUGAAGGCUUGGUUUUGGAUUUCCUUUUUUUAGCCUGCCAAUGUUGUCCUAGCAUGCCUGUGCCCCAGCAUGCGCUCUAACUGCAUGCUACACACUUGAGAUGAACAGCCAUUAUGAUAGCCAUAGGGUAAAAAUAGAAAACAAAAACAAAAAAAGAACAAAAAAAGAAUUCGAGAUGCAAUCGGGAAAUAAUCCAAGAAGCCCGUGUGGAGUGCUGGGCAGUCAUUUUUCUUUUCCCACCAGCACAGUGGGCUUUUCCAAACCAACAACAAUGUUCUGUCUCCAGUGACAGGGAAAAUGCUGUGUUCCUUUCCAAAGGUCUACAUUUGAGGGGAAUUGUGUUUUAGGAAGAAAAAAAGUCCAGAUUGAGGUUCCCAGGAAGGGGGGGGGCCCUGGCAGUGAGUCAGUGUGGGUCCCCACCUGGCUCUGAGCUAGACUCCCAGUGCUCCUGAGAGAGGCUCAGCGUGGCUGAAAUCAGGAAAAGGAUGUUUCUGGGAGAGGGACACGAGGAAAAGGGAAAACUCCAAAGACAGAACACGGGAUUAAAUGGAGUGGAGGAAACAUCACCCCAAGUGGGAAGGAGCCACCAGCAUUUUUAAACUACUGGUUGGGAGCGUUCUUUCCUGUCUCUGCACCCCCAGUUCUGUUUCUAUUGCAUGACCUUUCUUAGCUUCAGACCUGAGUGACUUUGACCAGAUGACAAAGUUAGAACUUCAGGGUUCUUCUCUAUUGUGUGGUAUCACUGGGGAAGAAUUGGGGAAGAAAAAAAAAAAAUCCCUUUGUGCCUCAGUUUACCCACUGGUCCAGUGGACGACUGGUCCCUACCUCACUGGCCCAGCUGAGCCCCAAGGGAGUUGGCUGUAUCGUCGCUGACAGAUGUCUGCCUUUAUGGUCAGCUUCUGUGACGGUGUCUCGAGGAUGAAGUCUGUCUUGGCCCUUUUCUAUCUCCUCAUCCCGUAGCCACCCCAGAUCUCCUGGGAUCUCAUUCCCAGUUGCUCAGCACAUCUACCUUUUCUUUUUGGCCCACUGCCGAGGGCCCCUGGACACCAAGCCAUAGCAGGGAGAGGGGAGGGGGGCACAACUAAGGAGCCUUUGAGGGCUGGGCCUUCACAUUCCCACUGGGCUCUCCCAAGCAGAGAGUUCCUAGUCAACCAAACAUGAAAGCUGAGAAGGGGAUGUCAAGAAACAAAAGAAAAUGGCCAAACCCAGCUCCCCCAUUUGGUGAGAUCUAGCCUAAUGCCUCCCGCCACUAGAUCUCUGCACAGUCCACACAAAUGGAGAGAAAUGGCAUCUUGAGUUCUCAGACCAACGGCCCCCGUGGCCCCCUCCUGUACCACCUGCUUGUUCUCAACUGUGCUUUCUUUGGGUUCCCUUUAGCUUGUCCUGGGCAGUUCCAGUCCCAGGUGUCACUGCUGCAGGGGACAAGUUAAAGUCACUUCACUCUCACCACCCCGGGAUCGUUUGAUCCUGGAUUAAAAACCGCCUCUUCAGGAGCCUGAUGCCCAGCCGGACCUGCUCCGACACGGUCUGCCGAUUCCCCGUAGGAACAUCCUGUCUUAAGCAUCUUCAGCUUUAAUUCUCUUUGUAGCCUCUUUAAAUAGAAGCAAUCAGGCAUCUUCCUCCUCCUCUAACCCUUGGAAUUUUUUUAACUUUAAACUAUUUCUUCGAUUUUGACCUUGGUUUUUUGGUGAGCUCUAGUUUUAAACAGAAUGUUAUUGAUUGCUCACAUAACCAUAGACACCCUGAGCUCUUACUCACAUCUGUCUUAUAGCCCAGCAUAGCCCACAGUAAGAACAGGGUGACGUCAGCCCCAGAACCCCACGGUACAAAUUCUCCUUGACUUAGUGCAUUGACCCUGUGCCUUCUGAUGCCUUCAUCUACAGGACAGGCUGAGUGAAGUUGAUGGGCAGGGGUGAGGGUGCGGACAAAUGACUCCCUCCUCCCAAUCCGGCCAGUCAUCAGCCCUCAGCCAAAUGCAGCCAGGAGGCAAGACUGGCUAUGGACAGGUGACCAGGGUGUGACCCAUCCAGAGGCCUUAAGCCCUUCACAGCCAUGAGACACUGCUACUGUUUGGGGGAGCAAAUCUCCCUCCCAAGUCAGGUAAGCCCAGGGCAGCUCUAGGAAUGAUUCUGCUAUAGGACUAGCCCCAAGGUUUGGCCCAAGUCUGACAUCUAAUUGUCCCAGGCAGGUCAACAGCAGCUGUGGAACAGAAGAGCAAAGAAUAGGACUCAGGUUAGCCAAGCCGUCUGAUGGGCAGCAGCGCUGCCUGACACUACUCCGUCAAGAAAGGCUAUUUUUCUGAAAGUAACAAGUUUUAAGUUGUGAAACAAAGGAUGAGCUGGGUAUCUAAUCAAAUCAUUCCACUUGCUUAGUGAAUCCUCCCUAUUCCUGAUCCCACCUCCACGGGUCACCAAGGGAGUGAUCACAACCACAGAAAGCAAAGGUUCCUAGCUAGGCUAGGAAGAGAGCUGGAUCUGCUCCGAGGGAGCAUUGCCAGUAUUCUGCCAUCUUUACAGGGUGUUCAUCCAGAAAUCGUGAUUGCAGCAUCUCUACUUUCCCAAGGCUACAGUGCUCAGAGGCCCUCCUACUUAACCGUUCACUCACUGUCCAAACAAGACUGACAUCCUUUUGGAAUCAUCUUCUCUUUAGAAAGAGCUAGAGAAUCCCAAUCUCUUGAGAGAAGCCUUUAGACUCUGGGAUUUUUUAAUAUUCACUUAUUCUGGUUUGUCAGUGCGCAUGAAUCGUGAUCGUAUGAUUGAACACACGCAUCAGGUUAUGAUUGUUCUAGCUGUGAAGAGUCACAGCCAUGCCGAGCAGGCGUCCCACACACAGGGAGCCUUGCAGAGCACCCCGAGUCUAGGACCAGUGAGGAGAGUGGCACUUUUCCCUGGCUGGAUCCAGCAGGGGAGCCAGGGAAGACUGAGGGUCAGUCUUUGUAAGUCAGGAAGGGUGCCUCUCUCCAUGAGGGAGGCAGAACAUGGCUCUGCCAAGCAGAGCCAUCUGCUAGGAACUGUCCUCACGGCUCUGGAAGUGAUGGCUGGGUCACACACUCCCCUCCUCCCCAACUAUGUGGCCUUAGGCAAGCCUCUCAAUGUCCCUGGACCUCCAUUUUUGUCUUCUGUGAAAUGGGGACAAAAUCUGGCAAAUCUGUGGCUGGAUGGAGCAGUUUGUUCCCUCUUUCCCCUGGGCACCUGGCCCUGCUUUUGUCCUUUUUGAUAGAGAUGCUCACUAGGUAGUGCUCAGAGAUCACAACUUUCCACUCCUAAAUACUGGGCAAUCAGCCCUGAGCAUUUGCUUGGUCAUCCUGAUUUUAUGAAGCCUGUGUUCAAAGGGGAUUGUCUAUAAACUAAAUUUUUACAAUUUUUAAAAAAUUUCCCUGUGAUUCUAAUUCAAUCAAAUCAAAUAAUGUUCAAGCUGGGAGUAGUUCGUGGUCUCAUUCUCAGCUCAGAAAUGAUCAUCUGCUUCUGCUUCUGCUUCUGCUUUUGCUCCUCGGUUGGGGAAAGGGAAGAUGUCUCCGACCAGCCCCAAGACAAGCCAUGCAUUGGGACCCAGUUCAGUCAGAUGGCUUAUGAAGGAAGCGUUUUCAUGUGUCCAAAACCAUCUUGAGUUUUAAGUAUGAAUAUUAAUCUUGAUGCUUUUUAAAUAUUGUAUUACUGCUAAGGUUUAGAAAAUACUGUUUUAAAAAAACUUUUUUAAUUUCAAUAAUUUUUCUGUAUUGUAUCCUUCUGGGACCUGAUGGGGUUUUAUACGGUAAGCACACCUAACGUUUUGGUAAAACUGUAUCUGAUAUAUAUCCAACUGUUUCUUCCCUGUAAGAAAACAAGUCUUACACCUAAUAAAAUAUUUUGAAGGGUUUUUUUUUUCCUUUAUUGGUGCUGAAAGGAAUGAAUAGUUGAUGUGAAGGAGAAAAUAAAACAUUAAAACUCAAA